UAUGGAGAUUUAUCAGGAAAAAAAGCCUGCUUACCAGUGGCAAUCCUUCACAAAACUUACGUCUACCACAGUUUAUCAUGGAUAGAAUGCAAAAUAUUUUAAUGUAAUGUACAGUGUUUGAAUGUAAAGAGCAUUUCAGUCAAAUGUAAUUUAUGCAAUAUUUCAAACCUUUAACCCACGGGCGGAAAUCAAUCCAUGGCAACAGUAGCCCAAUUCCAUGGCGGAAAAAACGCGGACUUGGCAACCCUGCAUCCAACACGAGCUGCAGGAGUCAGAUUCAACUGAAAUUCAAAAAUUCAGAUUUAACUGAAAUUCAGCAGGAGCGGCAUCAAGAAAACAGUCCCGCGCAUGGUUUUAAUACAAAAACGCACACAGUGAUUGGCGACUGUAGAAAGCAAAAGCCUAAUGACGGGCAUUUUGGGCGAUUUAGACGCAUUUUUUAGGACGACAUGUUCGGAAAAAGGACGCAUGGUCCCCCUAACAGAAAUGUCCUGAAUGCUGUGGCGAAUCAGCUGAGUUUCUGUCACUGUCGUUUAACGCCUAUAAUGGCCAAAACUGCUGCGCGCUCCUAAACAUAAAACAGCCAUAAUGCUUUCGAGGUAGGCAGUUCACUAGGUUCUGAGACAGCCUAUGAGAGUUCAAGAGGAUCUGUUGGACGCUAGUUUCAUGAGUGAUGGGAAGGGAAUACCCCACACUCUUCCGUUAGUUGGUAGGUUGCGUGAGUAAGAGUAGCGGACUGUCAGAGGAGGCGACAAUGCGCAAGUGCUCGGCUGCGUUUUACAUUACUCUAGGUUUCGUAUCUCUCUGGACAACUGAAGCGUUAAAAGGACCCUGUAACUGCAGACUUGAAAAGCUGAAUUUAUUUAAAGAUCAAUGUAACAGCACAGAAGUGGAUAUUUCUCAUUUCACAGGAGUUUAUGAUUUGGCAUGCUACAUAAAGUAUAAGAAAUCUGAUCAUUUGUCCAUCUGUGAAUGGAAAGGAGACAUAUCAACCUCAUACACACUGUACACACAACAGAGGAGCUGUAAAUGUGUAAAUGUACAUCAGAAGAACGGAAUUUGGACUUCUGAGGGCUCUGUUGUUACCCCAAAUCGGAAUAUUACAUCUCACAUUAUUGCAAACAGUGAAGAUUUGCCCUGGUGCACCUACAAAAAUUUCAGUGGAAUUCCAUCCAUGAUGACACUGUGCGGUCCUUAUUUAAAACUAACUUACGAAAGAAGUUCAGGCUACCUGUCUGUUCAGGUGGAGUGGGGAGAGGAAAGUAAACAUAUUAAAAACUUCCGUGUAAAAUACACGGAGUUCAACACUACAAGGUGGAAAGAGCAACAGUCUGAAAACAACAAAGAAUGUGUUUUGUGGAAUUUGACGUCUUCUCUGUCUUACGAGUUGCAAAUAGGGUGUGUUCCCACCAAAGAGUGUGUACAUUGUCCACUCAGUGAGGUCAUCGUGGUCCCACCGGUAUGUAAACAGUGAGGCUGUGGCUUACUACAAUGUGACAGUGAGGAAAGUAUCUGGGGAACCCAGCGUUCAGGAUACUUUCAGAACUGAAGAUUCAUCUUUCACCCUGAUCCUGUCUUACUCUGCAUACAACAUCAGCGUCAGGGCUUUAAAUAGUGCUGGAUCAUCUCCUGAUUCCAGUAUAGCCAUUAAACAAGUGGACGAAUGGAGGGAUUCAUUUGGGCCAUUCAGUGUCAACAUAACCAGCAACAACAGUUUUAGUCUGUCCUGGAACAGCUCUGUCCCAAGCGUCUGUUACUCUGUGGAGUGGUGGAUUAAAGGACAGAUACCAGCUUUCCGUCCAUUCUAUGAGAAGCAGAUGCACAAAGAAAUAACUGUGGAAACUGAGAGCAUUUUUCAGCCCUAUACAAGAUAUUAUUUCUUCCUGCACACCAGACCAUACCCAGACACCUGCAACAUUAAGAAUAUGAACAACAGUGAGACGACCUAUGGCAUAGCCCAAGCUUACUUCACUGAAGGAAGUCCUGUCAGUGCUCCUGGGAAUGUGAGCAUUUUGAAUAUUACCCAGCAUUCCUCAGUAAUCACAUGGAACCCUUUGUCUGAGGAAGACCUGCGUGGAUUCUUAUUAGGUUACUACAUCUCCAUCACAGAGGACAAUAAUGAAACCUUCUUCAAAGUGGAUCCAAGUGUAAACAGUUAUGAGCUGCAGAAUCUUGAAAGCAACAGUGCGUACCGCGUACAGUUGUCUGCAUUUACAGCGGCUGGAGAAGGAGAGCGCAGUGAUUCCAAACACUUUGUCACAAACCCGCCAGAUUUCACAGCUUUGAACAGCAUUAUAGCCGCAGUCGUUGUGGGAAUAGUAAUUUUUUUACUAGCAGUUCAUCUCAGCUGUCGGCUUCUGCACAGAGCCAAGAAACUGUUGUGGCCGAGUAUACCAAAUCCUGAGAAUAGCAAUGCUGUUCAGAAAAUUGAAAUUGCCUAUGAACUGGGUAUCCUGGAGCCACUGAAUAGACAGAGGUUAGAGGAAAGUGAAGGGUGUGAUUCCAGUACAGUGUGUCUCUUUAAAAAUAUGAGGGAAGCAUUUCCUCUCAGCAGUCCUCCCACUGCUCAGGCUGGUGUCUCCACCGCUCUUCUCCUCAGUGAGGAUGAGGACAGCCCAAGCCCAUCCAUCCUGGAGGAGAUCACUCCACCUGACACCCCAACACAUGUCCCCACCAGAGAGUCUGUUUCCACAGAGACCUUCCCUACUGACUUUAAUAAGACAGACUCAACUUUGAGCACUUCUUUUGACAAAGAAAGCAAAGACCCUGGAGAGACCAUCUCUAACACAACUGCAUCAAACUUCAUCCCAACAUCGCAACCUGCUGUGGUUUUCAUGAGCGAUUACACUACCAUGGAGAUCUUCCAGCAGGUCACUAUGACUGGGAUUCAGAGUCCUUCCAUACAAACAGUGAAACCUGGACUAGUUGCUAUACAUCCAGGGCAGGAUUAUGUUCAGCAGUCCUAUUUAUUGUCCAGUAACCCACCAGGGACAUGUAAUGGUGCUGAUGUUUUUAACCCAGAAAUCACAGUGCUCUGAGAUGCUCUUAUCUGGUGAUUUAGAGGACACUUACUGUACAGAGACAAUCCCUCUGGACCACCUUGAAAUUAGAAGCCUCAUUUAAUGGUACAACGUUCAUCAUCCUGUUCCUGACUUGAGUUGUAGCCGCUACUCAACACCUCCCAUCAAGGAUGGAAUAUGUCACUUGUAUUGACAGUAAAUUAGACCCAGGUUUUCGAAUUCUACCUCUGAAGCACUAGUGCUCACAACAGAGACCACUACGCCAAUGACACAGCCCUACAUGUUCCUUAAAAGGGGUCAGAUCUUUAUAUUAUGUUUUAGGAAGUUAGCAAAGUUUUAUUGUAUAAAAAGUAAAAAAAUGUUUUGACUAUGAUAAUUUUCCAUCAUUAUUGUCACUUUUUCACAAACACUUAAUUCAAGGCUGAAACGCAAGUAUUUUCAUUAAAUGGAUUUUUUUUUUCUCAAAAUUUCACCUAGUGUUCCAUAGGAAAAAAAAUAAUGAAAUGAAACAAAGGGUGGGAAAAUGACAUAUUUCUAUUUUUUUGGCAUAUUUAUUUAUUUUUAAAUAUAUCAUUCUCUGAGUAUAUAUAAAUAUAUAUUAUAUAUAUUAUAUAUAUAUAUAUAUAUAUAAAACAUACUGAAAAACAUACUGAAAAAAACAUACUGCAACUGAUGAACUGGAAGUAUAAUAACUCUUUAAUGUAAAUAUUAUGUUAGGGAAAAUCUUUUAUACAUGUAUGUCUAAACAGAUGCACAAAGUCACACAAAUCAGUAUAAUUCACUUUGUUCUUAUUCAUAUUAGUUCUGCUGCUAACAAGUACUGUAUAUAAUUAUAUAUACCCACUUACAAAAUUAGACUGAACAAAAAAAGACAAUAUAAAAAAAUAAAUAAUAUUCAGAAGCUUAAAGCUUUAAAGUGUAGUUGUUCUAAACGAGACAGCAGUCACUGUUAAUAAUGUUACUGUGCUCAUCAAUCAGUAUAGGCUUGUUAGAAAACCUAUUAAAACAUCUGAAUAUAUGCCACACAACAAUACUUGUAUGAAGAGAUUACUGUAGGACUCUGUAUACACUGGUUCAAACAAAAUACUGUUAAAAAAUAAGGAUUAAACUAUGCAUUUUACACAAGCUUUGCUAUAAUACUAGAUAAAUAACUUUUGACUUGAUUUACAUUGUCGUUAAAUAUUCUGUUGCCACACAAACUCUGUCUAGGCACUUUUAACAUGCACUGUGUUCCUACACAGUUCACUCUGAGUGUUAUAAUACACAUGUACUAACUGUAUAGCUUUUUUUUUUUACCUCAGUAGAUAGAAAUGAUGGAAAAAAACAGGUCCAGUGAGUGAAUCUCAGGGUAUCCCAAAAUCAUUUUUUUUUUGCAUUAUCUUCAUCACAAUUAAGCAACACCUUUUCCAUUUUAUUGGGAACAAGUAAAAUUUAAUUAAGCAUUUUUUUUUU